AACGGUUUAAGUAUUUAAUUGUUUAAUUGUGUAUCUGAACAUAAUUUUAAUGAGUUAAAGUUCUUUUUUGUUGAGAAGAAAGUGAUCUUUAAAAUACGUAACACUUAUUUUGGUUUACCAGCAUAACAAGUAAGGAGUGGCACAGAAGCAAAAGUGAAACAAAAAAACUUAGUGUUGUUGAACUCAGGGACAGUCAGGAGGCAGAAAAGCUCGUCCUUUUAGUUUUUUUUUUUUUUUUUAAAUAAAAUGGAUGAAUUCCCACAUCCUUUAUUUUUUGAAGCCAGAGAUCUGAGCAAAAGAGAGAAAGGAAAGAUUCAUCUUUAUUUUCAAAAAAAGAGGGAUUCAGGAGGAGGAGACUGUGACGAGAUUGAGAAGGUUGGAGAAAACACCUAUAGAAUCUGCUUCAAGGUGAAAGAAGAUCAGGAAAGGGUUUUGCAAAAGAAGUCUCACACCAUCUGUCUUCCUAAUGGAGAACUGCAUCUGACUGUGAGCAGCAGCAGCUCCUUAGAUCAGCCGUCGACCAGCCACGGGCAGACAUUCACCAAAGCAAACACAAAAGAACUUGAGAAGAUUUUCCAAAUUGAGACCUUCCUCUUGUUUUACCUGAGAGACUGCCCCCAAGCUUUGAAGUUCUUACAAAAGCAGCUCGAUGCAAUCCACUGUAGUCUGACGUUAGAUUUUGAUUUAGAAGAGGCAGUGGUGAAAGGGCAUGUUGAGAAGGAAUCAGGAGGAGCUUUCGGGGCUAUAGCUGAGAAAUGGGAGCACCAGGUUGACAAGAUCUUCAUCGAUCUCAUUGAGAGAUAUACUUGCCAUCAUGUGCUUGAGCCUAAACUGCUCAAGAAGGUGCAGCAGGAUCUCAGCAAUGUGGAUGAUAACAUAAAAGUGUACCCUCAGACAGGUUAUGUUGUGGUGGUUGGAGAAACUGCUGUGGUGAAGGAGAAGGUUUUGGUUUUAGAGAAGUGUCUUACAUCCACCAUGGAGCUGCCAAUCACGGAGAAACACCUCAAGCUGAUAGAAGAAGAGUUCAGAAGAGAAAUGCAAGCUGAUUCUCCAGAAGUUAAUAUCACCACACGUACCAACAUGGUAAUCUUGGAAGGCACUGAUGAGAAAGUAAAGUCAGGAGCUGCAAAGCUAGACGAGCUGGUCAAAAAGAUAAAAGUGAAGAGAGUUCAGCUCUCUCCGUGUUUGUCCGCCUUCAUGAAAACCAGCAACGCCCUCUCCAAGUAUGAAGCUCGAUUUCAGCAGAUUUUUAGAAGUCCUCUGUCCCUGGAAGUGGAUUCAGACCUGCAUCUGUCCAGUUUGUCCUCUGUUUCCCUGGAGGAGGCGCAGGCAGCACUGCUAAGAGACAUUGUUGUGAUCAGUGUUCAGCUGCAAGGGGCAGCCACGGUCCCUCCAGAGCUGAGAGCAAUCCUCAACAAGGCCAAGGUCCAGGCCAACUCUCUGAGUCUCCAAGUGGAGGUCAGCUUCAUCCCAGGUGUCAAUGAAACCACCGUGCAGCUAGUUGGCUACUCACCAGAGGUCACCAAACUUAAAGAGUUACUUCAUGAUUAUCAAUUGAAUCAAGCUCCAACUGAAGAGAUGAUCAAACUGCCAGAUCCAGAACUUGUGGAAUGCUUUAAAGAAAAGUUGAACAGGCUUGGAGUGAAUAUAACCAGUGUCACACUACAGACAUCACAUGUCCCAUAUCCAUGUGUGAUUCUGUCUGGUCCCAGGGGUCAAGUUAAGGACAUACAUAAGACUCUCCAGCCUGUUUUAGCCAACCUAACAGUAGACUCUUUGGUCUUGAAUGGGCCAGGGGCUCUGCGAUACUUCCAGGGAGUUGGAAAAGUUAGCAAAGAUUUGGUUGAGACUUCCCAUAAGGUCAUUAUCAGGGAGCAGCAAGGAGUCCCAAAUGUAAACGCCCAACAGCAAGGCAGCAGCAGCAUCACAUACGUGACAUCACUCAGACCAUCCCUGAACAGACAAAGCAGGAGAUCUGUUGGAAGUCCAGCAGUCAGUCAAAUAAAUCUAAGGAUCAGGCUUUGCCGUCUAGAGGAUGAACAGGUCAAUAUUCUUGUGGCUCCUGUUCUUAAGAAUCAGCUUAACUCCAACAAUAUUAGUAAAUCCUUGCUAAGAAAAGGGGGCAGCAUUCUCCAGUCUCAGUUUGACGCAACAGCAGCAAACCGUGUCCUCCACCCUGGAGAAGUUCUUCAGGUCCCUGGACCUCCAUCUCUGGGAUGCUCCAAGAUCUUCUUCAUAGAAUGCUCGCCUUGGGAUGGUGUUGGAGGACAGAGUGCUCAGGCUCUAAAAAAAGGCCUGCAGACAUGUUUGGACCUUUGUGAACAGCAGGGCUUUAGCUCAGUGGCCAUACCAAUCAUUGGACAUGGAGUUGUUCUGAAGUACUCUCUAAUAGACGCUAUUAAAGUGCUGACAGAGAAGAUUACUGAGUUUGGAUCAUCUGCAACUUCCGGGUCUCUCUCCACCAUCAAUAUUGUGAUCCAUCCCGAUUAUUCAGACUCUGAGAAGACUUACCAUGAAGUCAACAAAAACCUUUGCUCAAGUAUGAACCACACAGGCCAAGCAAUAUUCAGGUCUCUCACCAGUGACCUUGAUGAAGUCAUUAUGGCGUUGGGAGGCAACGUUCAACUACACCUCGUGUUUGGGGACAUCACCAACGAAACUACGGACGUUGUAGUGAACACAACAGACUUCACCAAUUUCCACAAUGAGGGGGUGUGCAAAGACAUCCUAACAGUGGCUGGACCGCAGGUGGAAGCAGAACUAAAAGCAGCCAAAGUGAACCGUGGAGACAUUUUUGUGUCCCAGUCUGGGCGAUUCCCUUGUAAAACGUUUUUCCAUGUUUGUGGAGAAAGAGAUGAAAGUCUCGUUGAGAAACUUGUGUGCAACAUCAUAUAUCAAUGUGAGAAGUCUGGGUUUGAAUCUGUGGCCAUUCCUGCCAUCUGUGCUGGGGCUGGUGGGUUGGACCCUGGGGUUGUAGCAGGUGCAAUCCUUCGUGGAAUCAAAACUGCAACUUCGUCCAGGAAUCUUUGCAAACUCACCCGCGUCCACAUUGUCCUGAUUAGGAUUAAAGUUUUCCUUGUGUUCAAAGAGGAAGCAACGCAGAUGUUUUCCUCAGUUAAUAGGAAAGUACGUGCGAUGCCUCAGGUACAACAACAGUCACCUCCUCUAAUCACAGACCUGAAACUUACCAAUAUAAGUUCAGGAAGUCAGCAGUCCACCUUCAAGUUCAUUGGUCUUGGUAAAAACACAGUUGAUGAUGCCAUGAAAAAUCUGAAGAGCCUGUACGAGACAGUGUGUUCCACUCAAACCAUCAGCAAAGAAGACAUGGAAGUCUUUACCCAGAAAGACGUUAAGGCCUUCAAGCAGCUGGUUGAGUCUGAGGGUCUGUUCAUAGAGGAGGACCCAUCAGGUGGCCUAACAGUGACUGGACUAAAAGAUGGAGUUACCCAGUUGAUGAUGAUGAUUCAAUCCUGUCUUCAAGGCAGUUUGAGAAUUGAGAUGAGAGUUAGAGAGGAGGAAGAUUUGUAUAAUCGUGUAAUGUGGUGCAUCUUGGACCAAAGAGGCAACUGGCAAAGAUUACCAAAAAUAUCAAACUACAAUCUGGAAAAGAGAGAUAUCGCAGCAGGAAUAGAGGAUGCCCAGGGUGUCACAUGGCAAGUAAAUCUGGAAGAGAUGGAGGCAACUGCAACUGGACAGAAGACAAAACUGAAGCGUCUCGAAAAUCUGGCAGACUUUAGCUUUCCUCUAUACUGGGAUAGCAUGACUGCAAAUGAGUCCAUGAAAGUGGUUCCACUAAGACAAUCUUCUACAGAGUACAAACUUGUAAAGGAGUCUUUUAAAAGGACUGCAAGACAAACUGUAAUAAAGAUUGAGCGCUUACAGAACAUUCAUCUACGACGGGCCUACGAAGCACAAAAGAAGCACAUAGCCUUUAAGAACACAACACUUGGAGGAGAAAGGGAAAAGACUCUUUACCAUGGGACAACCCACGAAAACUGUAAUUCCAUCAUGAAAACUGGGUUCAACAGGCGUUUCGCAGGACAAAAUGCGACAUUUUAUGGAGAAGGAACCUACUUUGCUGUAAAUGCGUCUUACUCAGCACAAAGCACUUACUCCAAGCCAGGUGCUGACGGCUCUCAGCUGAUGUUUGUGGUUCGGGUGCUGACUGGCGUCUACGCUCAGGGUCAAAGUGGAAUGAAGGUACCUCCACCACGCAACGCCCAACAACCCAAUGAGCGCUGUGACAGCGUGGUGGACAAUACGAGUAAUCCCAGCAUGUAUGUUGUGUUCCAUGAUGACCAAGCCUAUCCAGAUUAUCUGAUCACCUUCAAGUAAGAGCUCAUCAAGUAGUCUGUAGAUCUGUUUUUACAAAGUAAGUAAUUGUAAAAUAAAACAGGAAAUGCAAGAUUUUUUGGAGAACCAUGCUUUAUUUUUCUUUUAGACAAUAGUUGAUUGUUUUCAGGGUUUGUGUUUAAUUCUUCCAAUUCUGUAAAGAUAAUGUUUGUGUAAUUUUAAGUUUGGAUUGAAUUAAAAAAAACUUUGUAUGUAGUCAUUUAUCAUAAUACUUAUGUGUAUGUUGCUUUUUCUAUUGUUUCAGCUCCAGAUAAAUAAAAAAAGGAUAUCCAAGUUGUCUCUUACAAGACAGUUUUAUUUUAGACUUUAAAGUUUCAAAAUACAUUAAAAUACAUUUUAUUUUUUGUGAAAAUCAUUAUUAAAGUCUGUAAAAUAUGAACAAGUUGUACAGUAAUGUCCUACUGGAUCUUGUUAGGUGAUGGUCAUGAUACAUCCCAUCCCUACACACAGUUACAUACACAAACACUUUGAAAAACAAAGACAACUUUUUUUUUUUUUAAACAUUGACACUUUUGUACUUUUAACUAACCUAAACUGUUGGGAUUCCUGCUUCUGUUCAUGUGUUCCUCUUAGACCAGUGCCAAUAUCGCAGUCCAGCUCCAAGCCCUCUGACUCACUCCAAGCUCUCCAAGCCCAGCACCAGACUAGCAGUCCAUCUCCAAGCUCUAAGUCCAGCUCCUAGCUUUCAGUACAGCAUCAAACUCACAGCCCAGCUCCUAUCUCUUAGUCCAACUUCAAGCUCACAGGGCCGAUGUCCAAGCUCAC